AUGGCGGGCUUGCUGAAGAAGACCACUGGCCUGGUGGGAUUGGCUAUUUGUGAAACUCCACAUGAGAGGCUAAAAAUAUUGUAUACAAAAAUUCUUGAUGUUCUUGGACACAUCCCUAAAAAUGCAGCGUAUAGAAAGUAUACAGAACAGAUUACAAAUGAGAAGCUGAGUAUGGUUAAAGCGGAACCAGAUGUUAAAAAACUGGAAGAGCGACUGCAGGGUGGCCAAAUAGAAGAGGUGAUUCUUCAGGCUGAAAACGAACUUAGUCUGGCAAGAAAAAUGAUCCAGUGGAAACCAUGGGAGCCUUUAGUGGAAGAGCCUCCAGCCAGCCAAUGGAAAUGGCCAAUAUAA